GUGUCUCCAGCUAAUGGAGAGAGAUCGCGGGGAAGGUGCUGCGGAGGGGGCGGGGGAGUGGCUGGGCGCCAGUGUCCGUGGGAACCUGAGAUCUCGCAGCCCCUGCGAUCCACUCCCUGGGGGCGACGGAUGUGUCCAUGGGAGUGCUCCGAGCUUCUGUAACAGCCGGGAGCCCAGCGCCCCGCCUGGCUAGGGUGACCAGACAGCAAAUGGGAAAAAUCGGGACGGGGUGUGGGGUAAUAGAAGCCUAUAUGAGAAAAAGACCCAAAAAUCGGGAUUGUCCCUAUCAAAUAGGGACAUCUGGGCACCCUACGCGUGGCCCCUGCCAGGAUCUGCCCUGGGGCACAACCGGGAGAUUCAGGAGGGUUCCUCUGUGUGUGGCUUGGCGGGAGGCUGUCAGGAAGGGCGAGAAGUGAGAUCGAGCUGGAAGGAAAAGGAGGGAGGAGUGAAGGGAGACCUGGGAAAAGGGACAGAUGGAACUAUUUCUGUGCAGCCAGGAAACUGCAGGAAGAGGAGAAGGGCAGCAAAGAUCAAAAUCUGUGUGUGAACUGUUUAGCAUGGAAUCAACAACUUCAAGCUGCAUUUCACCAGGGCCAGGCAUAGCCAGCUCACCUGAUAAUGCCAUAGUCAGAGCUACAGGGACACCUCUGCAAGAACUGCCAAAGAACCAGGAAUCUGCUCUAAGACCUUUAACAACAAUGCCAACGCAAAACAGCACAAGAGCGCAGAUGAGUCCAAAGCUCGUAUACGUCAAGCCAAAGGACAAAACAAAAGAUCCUGGAAAACUUCUUUUGUGGAUUGAAGCAUUCCAAGAUGCACUGUUUCCCAAGUGCUUCCUGAUCAGAAUGUCCAGCAGAAUGGGAUCAUGGUCUGUGACUAACGCUACUAAAUGCUACAGUAAUAGAAAUUGUAAUAAUGGGUUUCCAGUUUCCAAACCUGAUGUCAUCUCCCAGCAGGAACAAAAGGAAGAGCCGUUUUCCCCAGAUCUCCAGACCUCAGUAGAAAGAGAGCUCCUGAGAGGCAGGAGUACAGAUGAUGGGAUCGUGAAUGAGACUGUGGAGCAGAAUCCCCUGCAGGAAGAUGAUGAGAAAGGGGAAUUACAUGGGGUGUUACUGCAAAGAUGCAAAGGGAAUGUGUCCAGGAGUUGUGAGCAGGAGAAAACCUGUAAGAAUCAGUACAGGCCAGCAAAGCAGCAGGGAAACCAGCCAAUGCAGAAAAUUGGUCGAUCUGUUCAUUAUCAGGGAACUCAGAAAUACCACAAGAAAACCAUGGCCCAGCAGAUUAUCCUCACGGGUGAGAGAAAUAACACAUGCGCUGAGUGUGGUAAAAAGUUUGAUAGGCUCCCACUCCUGAUUAUCCAUCAGAGAAUCCACACGGGGGAGAAACCCUAUCGAUGCUGUGAGUGUGGGAAAACCUUUGCGCAGAGCUCAGCUCUUAUUCAACAUCAGAGACUCCACACCGGGGAGAAACCCUAUCGGUGCUGUGAGUGCGGGAAAACCUUCACUCAGAGCUCAGCUCUUAUUCAACAUCAGAGACUCCACACUGGGGAGAAACCCUAUCGGUGCUGUGAGUGUGGGAAAACCUUUGCUCAGAGCUCAGCUCUUAUUCAACAUCAGAGAAUCCACACAGGGGAGAAACCCUAUCGGUGCUGUGAGUGCGGGAAAACCUUCAAUCAGAGCUCAAGCCUUAUGAAACAUCAGAGAAUCCACACAGGAGAGAAACCAUAUCGAUGCUGUGAGUGUGGGAAAUCCUUCACUGAGCAGUCAAGCCUUAUUAAACAUCAGAGUAUCCACACAGGAAAGAAACCCUAUCGAUGCUGGGAGUGUGGGAAAUCUUUCUCUCGGAGUUUAUCCUUUAUUCAACAUCAGAGAAUCCACACCGGGGAGAAACCAUAUGAAUGCUACGAGUGUGGGAAAACCUUCACUCAGAGCUCAAACCUUAUUAGCCAUCAGAGGAUCCACACAAAGGAGAAACUCUAUGAAUGCUUUGAGUGCGGGAAAAUGUUCACUGAUCGUUCACACCUUAUUAGCCAUCAGAGGAUCCACACAGGGAAGAAACUCUAUGAAUGCUUUGAGUGCGGGAAAACAUUUACUGGUACUUCAAACCUUGUUAGCCAUCAGAGGAUCCACACAGGGGAGAAACCCUAUCGAUGCUGUGAGUGUGGGAAAAGCUUCUAUCGGAACUCAGCUCUUUUUCAACAUCAGAGAAUCCACACAGGGGAGAAACCCUAUCGAUGCUGUGAGUGUGGGAAAAGCUUCUCUCGGAGUUCAGCUCUUAUUCAACAUCAGAAUAUCCACACAGGGGAGAAACCCUAUCGAUGCUGUGAGUGUGGGAAAACCUUUGCUCAGAGCUCAGCCCUUGUUACACAUCAGAGGAUCCACACAAGAAAGUGACCCUGUGAAUGUUAUGAAUAUGCCAGGUUCUUAUAUCAGAACUCAGGCUUUAUUUAGCAUUAGAGAUGCUGCAAGGGAGCUAGAGACUAUACAAAUCCUGUCCAGAGCUGAGAAAAGAUUGUUUUCCUUUUGCUAAUUCCCACAUAGUAAAAUUUAAGGCCUCAUUUGUGUCCCUGUGAUCUUUCAGUUCCCCCAGCUAAGUUGUCUGCUUUUCUCUUCUGUAGCACAUCCUGUCUUGGGGAAAAUCUCAUAGUCUUCAUGAUCAUCUGCUUUGUUCUAUGUCAUGGAAGUGUGCUCCUCAAACAAGAAUAACAAGGAGUCCGGUGGCACCUGAAAGACUAACAGAUUUAUUUGGCUAUAUGUCAGACACAAAGUGGGUUUUGUACCCAUGGAAGCUUAUGCCCAAAAAAAUCUGUUAGUCUUUAAGGUGCCACCGGACUCCUUGUUGUUUUUGUGGAUACAGACUAACAUGGCUACCCCUCUGAUAUUUGUCAAACAAGAAUGUCAGUCAACUCCAGGUGAGGGAACCAGGAGUGACCUCAGCUAGGUACACGGAGGUUAAAUAUACUUGGGCCUUGAUUCCACUAGGAUUUAACUAGCUUCAAUUAACAAUCUUGAUGUAAAAACAACUGGUUUUUUUUUUUCAAUAAAAAAUAGCCCAUAUAUAGUGGCCGCAGUAAUUUAGCAAACUUCAUGAAGACCUGAUGUAACCCUUUCCCUAGUGUAAACAAAUUUGGAGCAUCACAUUUUUACUUUUUCUCCCACUGCAAAGCAAGUGUUGGUCACCAGGUUUCCCCACUAUGGACAAAUUAUCUCAUUCCCAAUUGUUUUCACAUUGCACUGGGUUCUGCUGAAUGUUUUUGUACCAUUUUUCUCAUUUUUAAUAUAUUUAAAUAUAACAAAGAGAAGGAGCAGGAUUAGGGACAUGAAAAGAAAAGUUUUUUUCAACCUCUGUGACACCUGAAGAAGAAGCAGUGAGUUGGAGGGAGUCCCUCCUUCCAAAUUACUCCAGCAGUGUUUCUCUCUUUGAGAUAGAAUUUAUGUUCUCCAAUUUCUACUCCUCCAUCUUUCAAUGUAUCCUGUGAUGCAGUGUUCUCAGCCCUCUGCUUGGGAAUCACACUUUGAUUUCAUCCUAAAAAAUAAUAAUUUAGGGCCUGAGAUGAAAGUCUCACAAACCUGGAAGGGGGAUUUGAAAGGAUCUUAAAGGAUCACAAAUGCAAAGGCUAGCUGUGGGUGGAGGAGAGGAACAAUCAACAUGGAUUCACCAAGGGGAAGUCAUGCCUGACCAACCUGAUUGCCUUCUAUGAUGAGAUAACUGGCUCUGUGGCUAUGGGGAAGUGGUGGAUGUGAUAUAUCUUGACUUUAGCAAAGCUUUUGAUACGGUCUCCCACAGUAUUCUUGCCAGCAAGUUAAAGACAUGGCUUGAAUGAAUGGACUACAAGGUGGAUAGAAAGUUGGCUAGAUUGUUGGGCUGAAUGGGUAAUGAUCAAUGGCUUGAUGUCUAGUUGGCAGCUGGUAUCAAGUGGAGUGCCCAUGGGGUUGGUUCUGGCUCUGGUUUUGUUCAAUAUCUUCAUUAAUGAUCUGGAUGAUGGGAUGGAUUGCACCCUCAGCAAGUUUUCAGAUGACACUAAGCUAGGACAAGAGGUAGAUACACUGGAAGGUAGGGAUAGAGUCCAGGGUGACCUAGACAAAUUGGAGGAUUGGGCCAAAAGAAAUCUGAAGAGGUUCAACAAGGACAAGUGCAUAGUCCUGCACUUAGGACGGAUUAAUCCCAAGCACUGCUACAGGCUGAGGACUGACUGGCUAAGUGGAAGUCCUGCAGAAAAAGGACCUAUGAAUUACAGUGGAGGAGAAGCUGGAUAUGAGUCAGCAGGGUGCCCUCAUUGCCAAGAAGGCUAACAGCAUAUUGGGCUGCAUUAGUAAGAGCAUUGCCAGCGGAUUGAGGGAAGUGAUUAUUCCCCUCUAUUUGACACUGGUGUGGCCACAUCUGGAGUACUGUGUUUUGGGGCCCCAGCUGGAAUAUGGAGUUUUGGGGCCCCCAUUACAGAAGGGAUGUGCAUAAAUUGGAGAGAGUCCAGCAGACAGCAACAAAAAUGAUUAGGGGGUUGGGGCACAUGACUUAUGGGAGAGGCUGAGGGAACUCUGCUUAUUUAGUCUGCAGAAGAGAAGAGUGAGGGGGAGGAUUUAAUAGCAGCCUUGAACUACCUGAAGGGGGGUUCCAAAGAAGAUGGAGCUCGGCUGUUCUCAGUGGUGGCAGAUGACAGAACAAGGAGCAAUGGUCUCAAGUUGCAGUGGGGGAGGUCUGGGCUGGAUGUUAGGAAACACUAUUUCACUAGGAGAGUGGUGAAGCACUGGAAUGGGUUACCUAGGGAGGUGGUGGAAUCUCCAUCCAGAGAGGUUUUUAAGGCUUGACUUGACAAAGCCCUGGCUGGGUGAUUUAGUGGGUGUUGAUGCUGCUUUGAGCAGGGGGUUGGACUAGAUGACCUCCUGAGGUCCUUUCCAACCCUAAUCUUCUAUGUUUCUAUGACAGUAAGCACAUUGGAAAUACAGAUACACAGUCAAUAUUCAUAACUCCAGAUACAAAAAUGAUCCAUGCAUUCAAAUAGGAUAAUCACAUUUAGCGAAUCAAAACUUUUCCAUAGACACCUUACAUGCCGCAUUUUGCAGCAGAUACAUUAUAACUAUAUCUUAAUUAUAUCAUAAUGAUACCAUUGUGAUGAAUAUGGGGUGCAGUGUCACAGUGGUCAGGCCUUCCAAGAGACAGCCUGUGAACAGAAGUCAAGUUCUGCCUGCAUGGAGGCUCACAAAAUCUAUCAAGAACAAGGCUGGUAUUAGAAAAACAUACACAUUCCUGAGACGUGUUAGGCAUAGGACAUUCACACAAACAGAUUCCAGAAAGAUGGUACCAGAACCACCUGACCUCUUAAAAAUAAGUUCAUGAUGCCAAUGUGGUGGAUAGAUAUGUUUUGCUGAACUAACAUGUACAAGGUAAAGGGUGGUUACUGACCACGUCAGAGGGGCAAUAACUGGCUACAUCAGAGGGGCAAUACGAAACUUGUUUGUAUUGGUGUCUAAAAUAGAGGAAGUGGCUCUGGCUGGCCCAGGAGGAAGUGGAAAGUCCCACUACUGACUGAGCUGGUCCACUGUGAUGAGUAUACAUGUGGUAGUGGUCCUGCAGAGACUAAAGGAUACUAGGACCAUGCUUCAUUCGUUGUCUGGGUGCCUUCGCUACUAAACUGGGGCAGUUUGAUUGGAACUUGAUGUAUGGGGUGUCUGGCCAGAGCCAGUGCAACACACAGAGGGAACCAGGGCUACCCAGAGGAUUCACGAGGCCCCUGCUGUCAAGUUGCCGCUGAAGACCCGCACUUUGGUGGCGGGUCCCAGGGCAGAAGGACCCCCUGCCAUGGGUCUUCGGGGCGCUCCGGCGACGAGUCCCGGGGUGGAAGGACCCCUGGCCACGGGUCUUCGGGGCACUUCGGUGGCAGGUCCCGGAGCAGAAGGACCCCCCAUUCCCAAAUUACCCCUGAAGACCUGGAGUGGAAGAAGCUCUGGGGGCCCGGCCCCUCGAGAGUUUUCUGAGACCUCCGGAGCAAGUGAAGGACCCCGCUCCAGGGGCCCCGAAAAACUCAUGGGGGCCAGGGCAAAUUGCCCCACUUGCACCCCCCUCUGGGCGGCCCUGGAGGGAACAUACACAUGCAGACAACAUCUGACAACAGCAGUGUUAUAUGUGAAGUAGUAAAUACAAGCUGAAAUUAUGACUAAUAGUAUUUUAUCCAGCUAAAUCUGGGGAGUGGCCAAAACCCAUUCCUCAGAGGCAAAAGGCAGCUGAUGCCUCAGCCAGGUGUAAACAAGGGCGAUGGACCUUUACCUGCUAAGUGGCCAUUCUUUGUCAGGAAACGGGGUGAAGGCAAAAAAAUCUACAUUUUAGUACAGAACCCACAGAGUGUUCCUGUUCACAUAGACUGCCUGUAGCCUGGCCUCCAGCUGGGAAUGCUUCUCAAAGUGGAAACAGGACUAUAAACUAAGGGGCAGACACCCCCACACCCUUCUCUCCCCUUGCCCAUUGUAUUCUCUGCAUCUGAGAAGACAAAAUGACACAGCCCCUAAGCUUUGAAGGAGGGGUCCUGACCUAAAGAAUUUGGUCAGUAACACUACUGAAGCACGUGCUGAGAAAAAUUUGCUUUGAAACUAAAAUAAUUUCUUAAGUAUAUGUUUUUAAGCAUUUUAUCUUUAUUUUUCUUGUAACCAUUUAUGACUUUUAAGCCACAUUACCUGUACUCUCAUAAAAUCUCUUUGUAGUUAAUAAACUUGUUUUCUGUGUUAUAUAAGCCAGUGUGUUUAAACUGAAGUUUCUGACUAGCUAUAUGAAAUAAUAAACUGAUAUAUUAUUCUCUUAAA